AUGGUUAGAUUGGGAAGAAACAGAUCAUUACCUGUACCCCCCAGCCAUGGCGCCACAAUGCGCAAGGCCAACACAAACGUGUUCUCGUUCCCGACCCUCACAUUGACCAGGACCCUCAGCGAACGGAGUAAUGAAGGCGGGAACAACUCGCGCUCCUCCUCCCUGUCCCGUACCAUCUCCCGGACGCGUUCUGGACCCUCGACUCCCAUCCCGUUGGCACCGAUCAUUGCGGCGAUUCAGCGGGGUAACUUUGUCAAGCUGAGCGAGAUGGAUAUCGAGGCGUUGCUUGAAGACAUGUCAGGAAAAGAUUCCAAGGUCCUCGAGGCGCUCAACAUUACCUCGGCGUCGAUCUCGGCGAGUGAUGCCAAGAUCCUGGCCAAGCUGAUCAAGUCAUCGGAUACUGCCAACAUCAAGACGCUCAAGAUGGAGGGCAACACGAUCAGUCAGCAGGCGUCCAAGUUGAUGUUUGAGGGCUGGAAGUUCAACAGGACGAUUAGCACGCUCAGUCUUGCACGGUCCGGUGUGAACGACAAGACGGUCAAGUACCUGGCUCGAGUGAUUGUCAAGAACGAGGCGUUGAAGACUCUGGACCUGUCGAGCAACCAUAUCACGGCAUUGGGAGCAGAGUACCUUGCGGAUGCGAUGGUCCAGAACCGGAGUAUCACCCGACUCAGUAUCCAGUCCAACAACAUCAGGAAGGCAGGAGCCCCUUUUAUUGCCAAGAUCCUGAACAAGAAUCGGGUCGUCCGUCACCUCAACGUGAGCUCGAACGGUUUGGGCGCAGACGGCGUCAGUAUUAUUGCCGAGUCGGUGCGGUUCAACCGGACGUUGACUUCGUUGAGUCUGGACAUGAACGAGAUGGGGUCCAAGGGCGCCAAUGCGAUCGCAACGGCGUUGAUCUCAAAUCGUCACCUGACUCAUCUGUAUAUGCCCCACAACAACAUUGGCGACAUGGGUCUGGCGGAUCUCUGCGAGAGCCUCAAACGGAAUUGGACGCUCAUUAGUCUGGACCUAGAGCUCAAUCACAUCGGCAGGGAACAGUCUGCAGUCGGAUUGAAGGCCCUCGGAGAGCUCCUUUUGGUCAGCACCUCGCUUCGGGAGGUCAACCUGUCGUUCAACCUGUUUUCGGCCGAGGCGAUUGCUGCGCUGGCGGCGGGCAUGUGCAAGAACUCGACUCUGGAGAGUGUCCUCCUCAACAACUGCUGUCUCCCUACCGAGGCUGCGGUGUCUUUGUCCAAGGUCUUGUCUUCCCCUUCUACAGGAUUGCAGAACCUGGGUCUGACCAACAACGGGGACAUUGGAGUCGAGGGCUAUUGGGCGUUGGCGUCCAACUUGAUCCGGAAUCGGUCUUUGAAGGGCAUUCAGCUGGACUACAACUCGGACGACCGUCAGGCGCUUUAUGAGUCCUUCCAGAACUCGUUGACAAGGAACCAUAUCUGGCAGCAGGCGAUCUAUGCGGCGGCAUGUCGGAUCUUGUUCUUGUCGCGGAUUGUCCUGUUGGGUCGCCCUGCCAACCAGAAGCAACUUCAGAGGCAACAGGAGCAUCACAUCAAGAACCAUCAACACGGAUGGAAUAUCUUCCGACGAGUCAAGAUGGGCCGGACCAACUCUUCCAACUCUUUGGCGUCGUUGUUAACGAUAGGCAAGAAUCAUCGGUCGAAUGGAGCGGAUGGUGGAGGACAUGAGGGCGAUAUAGCCAACAUGAGCCACAGCAAUAGCCACGCCCGUCACAUUUCGACCAUGGCCGCCGCCUCUGCCGCGUCUACAAUUGCAGUCGUCACCAACAGCAACGGAAGUUUCCACGGCGCUUCCCCGUCUCACCACCACACCUUGGCCCACCGCCCCUCGAUCUCGAGCACCACCUCGGCCGCAGUCGACUACGAGUACAACCCCCACAAGAUCCUGGCGAACCUGUGCAACAUGCCCCACGAGAUCUUUGAGUCGAUCUGCGCAUUUUUGGAUCCCGGCCGGACAAUGAACAUUGCGCAGAUCCGGAUGACUGUCCAGACGGCGGGCGAUCGGUCAACGUUGGCGCUGUAUUAUACCCGAGAGAAGAUGCUUGAGCGGAUCUUUCAUUCUAGAUAUAUCUCGCCUUUGGGGACCAGGUACAGCUUGAAGCAUGGCGACGAGCGUACUUAA